AUGGGACGGUCUCAGGAAAAAGAUAGAAAAAGGAGGCAAUCAGCGGCUACGUGUCAACGGCUGGACGGUUUUCUAGUGUCGAAAAGGGCACGUGAUCAACUUGUGACUCCUGAUCCAGAUUUUACACAGCUGGUUGCAGUAGACGAUCAACUAACACCGACUUUCAAUGAGUGCUGUAGUGGUAGUGUAGAAAGAGUAGGGUCGUUCUCUAGCGCCACGUAUGUCGAGCCUUUGCGCAACACAUGCUGUGAAGUUCACGACAACGAGGCUCAGCGUGCAGACGUCGCAGGCGGCAAUCAGCAAUGCCAUCAUGCUAAUACUUCUGAUCAUGAUUUAGUGGAUGAUAUUGGCAAAUUGUUUUUCAAAGCCAAGUCUCCUGUAGAUUUCUGCAAGUCCAUGCAGGCUCUGGGUGCUGCGGAGAACCGAGCAUUUCUUCCUGUUUGGCUAUCAGAACACAAGUGGAUGGUUGACAACGAGCAAGUGGAUGAUGUCUUUUGCAUUGCUUGUGGAAUUUCGUUGCUAAAGUGUCCAAGGAGAAAGUUUGUAUGCAAGCCUUUUCGUGAUUGGAACAAGAAAGGAGAAAAAGCAAAGGAGCACGAGGAGUGCUUAUACCAUCAUCAAGCCAUUGAGCAAGCUGAUAACUUCAAGCGAACCUUGGAGAAUCCAGAUACUAACAUUACUGCACAACAGUGCAUUGCUUUACGUGGAGACGCAGAGAGUGUGGAAUCACCUGGAAAUCCGGGUAAUUUUCUUUCUUUGCUGAGGCUUCUGGCAGUGCACGAUGAAGAGGUAAGAAGGCACCUGGAAAUUCCUGCAAUGCGAUCUGCAACUUAUCUUUCUCCUCAAACACAAAAUGAGCUGAUUAAAAUCAUGGGAAACCACAUCCUCUUACAGAGAAUAAUAGGUGAUUUGACAGCUGCGCCUUUUUACGCCAUCCUUGCUGACGAGGUAACUUCGCAUAACGUUGAGCAUCUUGCCAUCUGCGCCAGGUUUGUUGACAGAAGUACUAAAGAGAUCAGAGAAGAGUUUUUAACGUCUUUGAAGUUGGACAGAAUUACUGGGGAGCGGAUUGCAGAUGGUAUCUUUGCCUUUCUGGAAGAGAAAAACAUACCACUUGCUACUAUGCGUGGUCAGGGCUACGACGGCGCAAGCAACAUGUCUUCAGAUCGAGUGGGUGUCCAGGCCAGGAUUAGACAUAAAGCUCCUUUAGCCACCUACGAACACUGA